CACCGAACAACGAACUCUCUCAUUCCCAUCCACAAAUUCGCGAUUAUUUAUUGCAAACAAUAUAUUUACCGUUUAAUCUAAAAAAAGGACCGGGCGGAAACCGGAAUUGCUUAGUUAUAACACCACCACACCCGUUUUUGAAAAAAAGAGUCCCUAUCCACCCUACUAUCCUAACAUGGCUGUCAACGUCUUUGCCACAAAUGUUACUUCUGAAAAUCUCAGCCGCCAUGACAUGUUAUCAUGGGUUAACAACUCCCUGGAAGCGACUUUCAGUAAAAUUGAAGAACUUUGUACUGGAGCUGCAUAUUGCCAGUUUAUGGAUAUGUUAUUCCCUGGAUGUGUAAAUCUGAAGAAAGUGAAGUUCACAACCAAGUUAGAACAUGAAUACAUUCAAAACUUUAAAGUUCUCCAGGCGUCCUUUAAGAAAAUGGAGGUUGAAAAGGUUAUUCCAGUUGACAAGUUGGUAAAGGGGCGAUUCCAAGAUAAUUUCGAGUUUGUUCAAUGGUUUAAAAAGUUCUUUGAUGCAAACUACAAAGGUGAUCAAUAUCACGCCUUAGAAGCUCGCGGAGGGUUACCUUUAGGAACUGCCUCACCUGCAGGUGGGAAACCUAUGCACCGUGUGGUACCAACUACACAGAUUGCCACCAGAACAAAACCUGCCGCUCCAGCUCCUCCCCGUCAAGUCAUGAAUAAUCCUCCUGCAGCACUUCGCCCACAACCUGCAGCUGCCGCUCGAACGUCAAUUGGGAGCAAUUCUAAUCGGUCUCCCAGCAAUGCACAAAUGGAUGAACUAGCAUCGCAGUUGGCAGAAACAAAGCUCAAUCUUGAGGGUCUUGAGAAGGAAAGAGAUUUCUAUUUCGGGAAAUUGCGUGACAUUGAGAUAUAUUGUCAGGAACAAGAUGGGUGUGAGAGCAACCCCGUCCUUCAGCGAAUUCUUGAAAUUUUGUACGCUACAGAGGUGGGUGAUGGAUUUGCCGCACCCGAGGAUGGAGAAGUUCCAAUGCCAUCAAAUGGAGAAGGAGAAGAGUUGGAAGAGUAUUGAAUUGACGGCUGAAAUUUAAUCCGCAAGCGCAAGGCAAUAAUCUCAUUUAAUGGAUUCUACCAUAUUUAUUACGAUGGAAUGAAAAUUUAGUCUAUCUGAUCGUCCACUUAAAAUCGAACUUAUUUCAGUACAUUUUCAUGUUUUUAACAUUUACCAAAAUUUUAUUUUCAAAAUUUUUCGUUUUGCAUAAAAAUAUAAUACCAUGAUCUUAAUACAAAUAUUUUUAUCUUAUCAAGUAUGCAAGCAACUCAUUUUAAGCACAUGGGAUUUAUAUUGAGCAAUCUAAAAGGAGAAAGAUGUAAGCGAAGUUGCCAAUGUAUUGAACCUUUGUACCUUUCACGGGGGACUAGUAUAAUACUAGUAGUAUUGACUCUGUGUGUGCCGGAUUGUCAUAUACAAUCAUACAUGUGAAUAGUUUGUAAUGCAAAAUAUACUCUUAAAUCUUAUUUAUAACAACCCUAAGUCUGAUUCUAAGUGUCGAGAUGGGAAAGCUUUUAAUAACCAAAUAUUAGUGUAAUACUUAAUUCAUAAUUUGGUCUGCAGAAGUUAAUUUUUAGCGAGUUACCUUACCAAAUGAGUAAUUAAUUGUUUGUGCCCUAUAUAUUGUCUCGCAUCAGAGGAGUUAGAGUGAAAGUGAAUGAAGAGUAUAUUAUGAUUUUUGUGCGAAUGACCAGAGAAAAAUAAUGCAAACUACUUAUAUAUAUAUUAUAUGAAUUUGCUGUUCAACUAGAAUAUUUUUGGACAUCAUAAUCAGGUAGUUUAAGUUUAGACAUGAUAUCAACAAAGACGGACCUGAAUAUCGACAUGCCUUAUAAAUAUAUUUUUUAAGUCAUGAGAUUUAAGAAUCUAACAUGGUUUAUUUGUAAGGUGUCAGCUCUGAUCAUUUUAGCGCAGAAAAAAAAUGCUCGCUAGGUUAAUCUCGGAAGUAGGUGAAAAAUUUACCAUUACUAAUGUCAUAUCUAAUAUAAUUCAGCAAAUAAACUUUGGUUUUCAAGAA